CCAAUGUCAACAAAAUGCAUGGAAAACCCAUAUAGCUUGCAAAUCAAGGCAUAUAGGCUGCAUUCUCAUAGGAACGAAUGUGUGCACUACAAGAAUGCGGCGUGCUGACGCCGUUCAAAUUGCCCGGCGGGCUGGGGCUGAGUCAGCCUGGAGCCGUCUGCGAGCUAAACUCCGUAAACCAGGGGCGGACACAUCGCGUCUGGACAGACUGGCCAGUCGCCGGCCGGCACCUCUCGCGGACGGACCGCCGGUCCCCAGUUCCAGUCACAAGCAGACGGCCUGUCGGAGCCAUGGUCCCUCCCCCGACAGUGACCAUGUCCUGUGACCCGCUGCCGGUGAUCGACCUGCGUCAGGCGGCCGGGCCGGGCCGAGCCCGGCUGGCCAGCCGACUCGUCGCCGCUCUGGAGACGGACGGCUUCUUCUACGUGGAAGGCAUCGACGGUUACGACGAGCACGAGCUCAUGUCGUACACCAGAUGGUUCUUCAACCUACCAGAUGAUGUCAAGAUGGGAAUAGCUCGCAAGAAAUUCAAUGAAAAGACGAACUUCCUCUAUCGUGGAUAUUUUCCCGUGGAUAAAACAGACUCGUCUCACAAGGAAGGAUACGAUCUGGCAUCUUUGGAGCCACUAAGCGACCCAGAGAAGGUCAAGGGGAAUAUAUUCUACGAGCCUACUCCCUGGCCUGAGACCAGCGACACCGAGGGACUGCGAAAGUUUCAGGAGUUUAGUGUGCGGUUCUACGGUCUGAUGACGGCCGCGGGUAUGACGCUGCUGGAGCUGGCCGCCGAGGGCUGCGGCGCCCCCUCCGACAAGCUGGUCAACCUGUUCCGGCCGGACCCGGUCUCCACGCUGCGCUACCUGCACUACCCGCCCCGGCAGGGCGACAUCCCGGCCUCGGCCCGCGACCCCACAGACGACGCCGUUCUGCUGUGCGCGGCGCACCACGACUCCGGCUUCGUCACCAUGGUCUCCACGUUCGAGUACGAGGGUCUGGAGCUGCAGCGCGCCGACGGCUCCUGGAUGCCGGUGCCGUGCAGGAGCGGCGCCGUGGUCGUCAACAUCGGUGACAUGCUCUCCACCAUCUCCGGCGGCAAGUGGAAGGCCACCAACCAUCGCGUCAUUGACCACGGCGUCAACAGGUUCUCGGUGCCGUUCUUCCUGGAGCCGCGCUACACGGCCAACAUGUCGGUGCGCCUGCCGUGCUCUGGUCAGGCGGAGCCGGCAGAGGUCAGCUACGGACCCUGGGCCAUCACAAAGAUGAUCAACAACUUCUACGAGUUCAAGGACAUUCCGUACCCCAAGUCGCUGGUGGCCGAAUGAAUCAGGCUUCAAUAAGUGAUGUGCUCUUUUGUUAGUGAAAACUAAAGGGCCAUUAUGAUGGAAAGUGACAAUGAAGUAACUAUACACGUGCAAUAUUACCUGCUUGUUGGAGGUAAUCAAGUAAUGGUAAAAUAUGUACAUCAAGAUAUAA